GAGCAUGGGGCAGGAAUUGUCCAAAAACAAAAAGUACAUGUUCAUUCUUGUGAAGCUUAUGGGUGAUGAAGCAUUUUAAACUAAAAAGAAUGAUGAAACCAGUUUAUCAUUCCAUUUUGUUAAUCAGGCUGUGUGCUGCAAAAUGCAAAACAUUCCUGAUCCGAAUUUCCCGCGCUGUUUUACGGAUAUGACGUUAAUUGACGCUUCAAGCGCGUUCUCGACAAGGUUCAAACCCGGAAAAACAUUUGGAAGCUUGCUAGGUGGCGGUAACGCGUCUUUCACUACUAGCCACGUUAAAACCCCAAACAGAAGAGGAAGAACCCUGGAAAUGGUUUCUACAACUAGCAAACGACCAAGCACAACUCAAAGCCCACUAAAGAGUGGCACAAAGAAGAAGGUUUUAUCAGCGGCAUCUCGAGAGUCAAAAAGAAAAUAUGAUAAAAGUCGGUCAGGGACCCGAAUAUCUAUUGGUUACGCUCUGGAAGAAUGGAGGCUGCUUCAACUGGAUUUGGGCCUGAAAAAGGAUGCGGACAUGGCGCAUUUUCUAGUGACCAGCUACCGGAAGAAGCAGGCUCCUGAAACUGCAAUUCAGGGAGGUUAUGUGAAGGCAACCUCGACACCCAGUAAGAGAAUAGCAGCUAAAAUGUCGCAUAGAUUAUCUCCAACUGAACCUGUGUCUGAGGGGGAAGAUUUUAUAAUGGCUGGUGUUGAGGCCUUAGCUGAUGACCAAGGAUUGGAUCCUUUUGAAGAAAGUUUCAAAUCCAUGGAUCUAGCUACGGAUGCAGUCCAAAUCCAUGAGGACCAAGCAAAUAACUUACUCAACAGUGUAGCUGCUGGUGGUUUACAGCGUGCAGUUGAUGCUCUACCCAUUGUUGGGCUGGACGAAAGUGUCAUUGACAUUCUUCAACGAGACGAUGAAACAGAUGAAGAAGCUGACAACCCAGAGCAAUAUGAGGAGGCGGACAAUGAUGUACCCUCCUUCCCCAGUGUAGAGAAGGUCUCCAUAGAAGAAGACCUAGUCAACCAGCCAGCAUGCAUCGCUUUCACCAGCAGCAUGGCAAGACUGGUCAAUUUCCUCCAGCUGCCCAUCCAGAAAUGUUUUUAUAGGGACAAGAUGAUUGGUACAGAAUGUGAUGCCACUCCACCAUUUCAUGUCAAACUCAACCGAAGGGGAAGUGCUACCAUUAUCGAGUGGUUUUGCAUUAAUGGGCAUAUGCUGUGGAAGUGGAACAGCCAGCCUGUCCUGAAGUACGCGAUGCAAGGAGGGGACUUCAUGGUUGCCACCAACAUACUCCUCUCUGGCAAUAACUUCUCAAAGCUUGCCCUCUUCUUUAGGUUUAUGAAUAUUGGCUUUGUGUCUCCAAAAACAUUCAGACUUAUACAGAACCAUUACUUGGUUGACUCUAUAAAAUAUUUUUGGGAGAAGAAGAGAGCUGUCAUCACUGCCUGCGUGCAAAGGACAGUGUUGUUGCACUUGGUGAGUAUGGAAAUGCACUACAUAAAACAGCAGCAGAGAAUACUUUGCAUAAACAAUUUGGACUAACUUGCAAGUGAAAAAAGUUAGCAAUUAGUUAAAUUGCUGUUAUGGGCAAAUUAUUACUUCAUAUAUUUUAGAAGAUAUUUUAUGAUUUGAUGUAUAUCUAACGUUCUAAAUUUUAUACAUCUAUAAUAUCUACUAGCCAAGAGUUCAGGUUCGAAUGUCAUAUACUUGCAUUUCUCUGUUCCAGCGGAUGGAAGGAUGGACUCUCCAGGCCACACUGCCCAGUUCUGCACUUAUACGACCAUGGAGAACGACUCCAAGGACAUAAUAAGUGUUGUCACUGUUGACAAACGACAAACCAAUCGCAACAGUGUGAUAAUGGAGAAGCAUGCCUUCAUUCAAACGUUUGACAACCUUUUGGCGGACCUGAACAUUACUGAGAUUGUCACAGAUGCGCACAUGCAGAUUUCUGCACUGUUGGAUCCAAGAAAAGGAAGAUACAAAGAGAAAGCUAUAAUACAUUCCUUGGAUGUCUGGCAUGCAGCCAAAAAUCUGACCAAGAAACUUCAUAUGGCUGGGAUUCUAAAGGGAAAUUCCAUCCUACUUGUGUGGCUGAAGGACAUCAUCAACCAAUUUUGGUACAUUUGCCAGAAAGCACAACAUCGUGAUAUGUUUAAUGACAUGUAGGUGGGUGUGCUUCACCAUGUCACAGGGAAGCAUGAAUGGACCCGUGGCAAAUGUGACCAUGGACCACUUGAUGCAACGAUCAGUGAUAAAGAGCUCAUGGUGCCAGGAUCACCACCACACGAGGCUCUUCAACGAAUCAUGUUCAACAGACGCUGGUUGAAG